GUGUCUCUUCUCUCUGCUUCCAGCCGGGGGUGAUGCCAUGGCCGCUGCCAGCUCCAGCAGGGCCAGGGCUGGGCCGCCCUGCGAGAAAUCCCCGCUCUCCGUGAAAGUGGUGUCAGUGAAGCCCAAGGCCCAGAGCCGCACGGCACGGAUGAACUGCUACGUGGAGGUGGCCGGUGACGGGCUGCCCAGCGAGACCAAGAAGACAGGAAAGCAGAUGGGCAUCUCUGAGCUGCUGUGGAACGAGAGCCUCACCCUGAAUGUCACGGCUCAGAGCCACUUGGAGCUGAAGGUGUGGAUCUGUCACACGCUGAGGAACGAGCUGCUGGGCGCCGCCUCCGUCAGCCUGGGCAGCCUGCUCAAGGGCGGUGGAAAACUGGAGAACAGGCAGCUGACCCUGGACCUGCAGACGGAGAACAAAGGCAGCAUUGUGUCGGGCGGGGAGCUGACGAUUUUCCUGGACGGGCCGGCUGUUGCUCUGGGCAGCGUUCCCGACGGCAGUGCCGGCACGGAGGGGUCCCAGGUGCCCGGACGGGACCCCCCCAGCACCACUGUGGCCAGGGAGGGCCGRCAUCAACCUGCCAGUACCAACUGCUUUGGCAGCAGACCAAGGACGCACCGACACGCGGCCGGAGCGCCCCGGGGAAACGCGGCGAGCGGAGAGCAAAGCCCCAGUGCCAGGAGCCGGCACCGGCAGCAGGCCAAGAGCUCACAGCACACCAGCACAGCCACCAGCAUGGCCAAUGGCACGGCCACCAGCAUGGCCAACGGCGUGGCCACCAGCAUGGCCAAUGGCAUAGCCAACGGCACGGCCACCAGCACGGCCAACGGCGUGGCCAACGGCACAGUGAACGGGGACGCCGUGGGUGCUGCGGACAUGGAUGAGGACAGGCCAGCAGCAGGUUCCAGCACUCCGACCCCAGCAGUGUCCAGCACGGCCGACAGCUCCUCUGCUCCUGCCCUGAGCAGCUCUGGAGAGGCUGAGGAGGCGACUUCAGGCCCCAGUGUCCCCCCAGCUCGGGCAGCCGUGCUCGCCCUGGAUGCUCUGCCCCCCGGGUGGGAACAGCGGGAGCUGCCCAAUGGUAGAGUCUACUAUGUAGACCACAACAACAAGACCACGACGUGGGAGAGACCCCUUCCUCCAGGGUGGGAGAAGCGCGUGGAUCCUCGGGGCAGGUACUACUACGUGGAUCACAACACCCGCACCACCACGUGGCAGCGCCCCACGGCCGAGUACGUCAGGAACUACGAGCAGUGGCAGUCACAGCGUAACCAGCUCCAGGGAGCCAUGCAGCACUUCAGCCAGAGGUUCCUGUACCAGUCCUCCGGAGCCCCAUCYGACAAUGAUCCUCUGGGGCCCCUUCCUCCUGGCUGGGAGAAGAGACAGGACAAUGGGCGAGUGUAUUACGUGAACCACAACACCCGAACCACGCAGUGGGAAGACCCUCGCACRCAGGGGAUGAUCCAGGAGCCGCCUCUGCCSCCGGGCUGGGAGAUGAAGUACACGAACGAGAGCGUGCGGUACUUCGUGGAUCACAACACCCGCACCACCACCUUCAAGGACCCGCGCCCGGGCUUCGAGUCCGGGAGCAAACACGGCGGCUCCCCRGGCGCGUACGACCGGAGCUUUCGCUGGAAGUACCACCAGUUCCGCUUCCUGUGCCACUCGAACGCGCUGCCCAGCCAUGUGAAGAUCAGCGUGUCCCGGCAGACGCUCUUCGAGGACUCCUUCCAGCAGAUCAUGAACAUGAAGCCCUACGAUCUGCGGCGCCGGCUCUACAUCAUCAUGCGAGGGGAGGAGGGUCUGGACUACGGUGGCAUCGCCAGGGAAUGGUUCUUCCUGCUGUCCCACGAGGUGCUCAACCCCAUGUACUGCCUGUUCGAGUACGCRGGCAAGAACAACUACUGCCUGCAGAUCAACCCCGCCUCGUCCAUCAACCCCGACCACCUCACCUACUUCCGCUUCAUCGGCCGCUUCAUCGCCAUGGCUCUGUACCACGGCAAGUUCAUUGACACGGGUUUCACGCUGCCCUUCUACAAACGCAUGCUGAACAAGCGCCCGACGCUCAAGGACCUGGAGUCCAUUGACCCCGAGUUCUACAACUCCAUUGUGUGGACCAAAGAAAACAGCCUGGAGGAGUGCGGCCUGGAGCUCUACUUCAUCCAGGACAUGGAGAUCCUGGGCAAGGUGACCACCCACGAGCUGAAGGAGGGCGGCGAGAGCAUCCGUGUGACGGAGGAGAACAAGGAGGAGUACAUCAUGCUGCUGACRGACUGGAGGUUCACCCGGGGCGUGGAGGAGCAGACCAAGGCGUUCCUGGAUGGCUUCAACGAGGUGGUGCCCCUCGAGUGGCUGCGCUACUUCGACGAGAAGGAGCUGGAGCUGAUGCUGUGCGGGAUGCAGGAGAUCGACAUGAACGACUGGCAGAAAAAUACCAUCUACAGGCACUACACCAAGAACAGCAAACAGAUCCAGUGGUUCUGGCAGGUGGUCAAGGAGAUGGACAAYGAGAAGAGGAUCCGACUGCUGCAGUUUGUGACAGGGACGUGCCGCCUGCCCGUCGGGGGCUUUGCUGAGCUCAUCGGCAGCAACGGGCCCCAGAAAUUCUGCAUCGAUAAAGUUGGCAAAGAGACGUGGCUGCCGCGGAGCCACACGUGCUUCAACCGCCUGGAUCUCCCUCCCUACAAGAGCUACGAACAGCUGAAGGAGAAGCUGCUUUACGCCAUCGAGGAGACGGAAGGGUUCGGACAGGAGUGAAGGAGCUGCGGGGCGUUCCCGAGCGCUGCCGGCCGGUGCCCAGGGCCGAGCCCUCCCCGGGGUGUGCAGGCACCAUGGACACUGUGGCUGCUGCUCCCGGCCCUGGGGGAGCGGGGCUGUGCUUCCCUCCCUGAGGAAAUCCGAGCUGUGACGGGGAGAACACGGGCACUGGGCUCUCGAGGGCUGGCACAGAGGGGCUGGGGGGCAGCACAGGGGCACCAAGCUCCCCGGCCCUCCUCAGACACGUGUUUGGUACAGGCUCUUGUUCACCCUCGUGUUUUCUGCCUUUUCAUGGCAUUUUAGUAGUGGCAGGUGAGGGGGAAAUGGCUCUCAGACUGACUUUGGGGCCCUAUCCUGCACUCAGCAACAGGGACCCCCACAAUGAUGCUUCUGAGGGGCUCUUGUGCCCCACCUGAGCACCAGGACAGCCCCUGGAGCCAGAGCCUGGCUGAGCGUUUCUGGAUUUGCAGCCCCUGGCAGUUGUAUUUAUGCGGUUUCUGCUGGAAUUGGUGCUCCACAGCGGGCCCUGGGCACUGCCAGCCCUCACUCGGAUCCYGGGCUCUGCCCACACUCCCUGUGUUCCUGUGCUGCCGGCUGGGCUGUGACAAGGGCGAGGCCACCUGGCUGCCACCUCUGCCCGUCCCCGUGCGUGCAGGGGACACCCGGGGCUGUGGGGACGGGACCCACAACGGCUCCGGGCUGGGAACCGGCCGGUUCUGCACAGCCCCGCCUGCUCCGCGCGGCUUCCAGUGCAAUAAACGACAAAGCAGCUGCCGAGGUGUGCCUGUGUGCUGGAGCCGGGUGGCCCGGGUCACUGGGUGUCCUGUCACUGGGUGUCCCCUGUCCG